AUGGCCGACGCCGUGGGAGUCAAGACGCCGCCGGCAGACGCGAUCAUCCUGGAGCCGGUCGUGCGGGAGCGAGUUAUAGAGGUGCCGAAGCCGGAAAUACACGAGCGAAUUGUAGAAGUACCGGAAAUACAGUAUGUGAAGCGCGUGACCGAAAUACCGGAGCCGGUCAUCCAGGAGAACAUCGUGCACGUGGCAAAGCCGCUGCUGCAGGAGCGCAUCAAGCACCUGCCCAAGCCCAUAAUUCAGGAGAAAAUUGUGGAGGUGCCAGUCAUACAAAUCGUGGAGAAGGUGGUGGAGGUGCCGCAAUACGUCUACCAGGAAAAGGUGAUUGAGAUACCCAAGGUGGUCAUACAGGAGCGCGUGGUGAGCGUGCCCAAGAAGGUGACCAAGGAGCGCAUUGUGGAAGUCCCGCGAAUCGAGUACAAGGAGGUGAUCAACGAGCGCAUCGUGGAAGUCGAACAAGAGAUCCCCGAGAUCGUCCAUAAGGACGUCCACGUCACCCACUACAUCGAUCGCCCUGUCGAGGUCGAGAAAAUCGUCGAAGUACCGCAGAUCCAGCACAAGUACAAAGAUGUCAUCACGCCACAAUAUCGCAAAGUACCAACGCCCGUGGAGGUACCCAUCAAGCAGUACCGCAACGUGCCGGUGACCAAAGUCAUCGAACGCGAAGUCCCCAUACCAGUAGAGAUCGACGUCAUACAGGAGUUCACCUGCAGAAACGUAGAGACGAGGUAUCACGAGGUGCCCGUACCGGUGCACGUGCAGCGCGUCAUCGAACACCCGCUGCCGCACGAGGCGUUCCAGAAUACCGCCAUGGUGCCACAAUACUACCAAACAGUGCAGAACAACUUGCGGAAAUUGCAUGAGAACUGGAUGACACCGCCACACCCGUAG